AUGAAAUUCACCAAUUACAUCAUUGCCUUGACUGGUGCAUUUGCUUUGGUCAAUGGUCAAGCAGACAUCUCCAACUUAACUGCUAAUAAUACUGCCGGAGGACACAGUGCCAAUUCGGGCGUCAUGCUUAACGGAAUUGUUCCAUCCAUUGCUGGCGCCGCUGUCGCAGGCGCUCUAGUUUUCUUUGUGUAA